AGGACUCUCCGGAAGAGCAAGCGCUUUGACCAUGCUAAAGUUGUGUUAGGAUUAGUGAAUUUACACAAAAUGAGUUUAGCAACUAAAUAAUACUUGUGUGUUGAUAUGAAGGCGAAUUUAUAAUCACAAAAUGUCGUAUGUCCGGAAAUGCUCUUGUAUGGCAACGCUUUUUAUUUAACAAAGCCAACACUACACUGUUAGCCUUUAGCUAUAUUUUAACGUAAUGGAAAAUAAAAAGACGUUUAAAUUCGUUGUUGUCGGUGGUGGUAUCGCCGGAGUAACUUGUGUUGAACAGCUGGCGUCACAGUUUCCAUCCGCGGAUCUGGCCCUGAUCACUGCAGGUCCACACAUCAAAGCAGUGACAAACUUUAAACAGGUGUCCAAGACCCUUGAAGAGUUUAGUGUGGAAGAACGACCGUUCACUUUAUUGGAAGAGAAAUAUUCCAAUCUCACAUUUAUACUGUCAGCUGUAAAAGCUCUCGAUGCUAAAUCACAUUGUUUGGAGACUACAGACGGCAAAGUCUAUGGAUAUGAAAAACUCUGUAUUUGCAGUGGGGCCAGACCAAAGCUCUUCACUGAAGACAACCCAUAUGUGUUGGGAAUAAGAGACACUGAUAGUGCACAGGACUUCCAGAAGAGACUAUCUCAGGCUAAAAGAAUUGUUCUCAUUGGAAAUGGAGGCAUCGCCCUAGAAUUAGUGCAUGAGGUGCGAGGCUGUGAGGUGAUCUGGGCUAUAAAAGACAAAGCCAUAGGAAACACUUUCUUCGACGCUGGUGCAGCACAGUUCCUCAUCCCGUCACUAGAGACACCCAAAGCACAGAAACCUUUCCCCUGUAAGAGGCCUCGGUACACAGUUGAGGAAACAGCAGGGGGCACAGCUCAUACCUUCACUGCAGAGAAAAACCACAGGCAAACCUCUGCUCCAACUGAGCAUGGUAGUGCCCUUGGCCCAGACUGGCAUGAAGGAAUAGUUCUACAAGGAGCAGAACAGGAGGGCCACAGAGUAGUGGUCGAAUAUCAGUGUGAGGUAGAGAAGAUUUUCACCUCGACCGAUGUGCUUGUCUCUGAAAUUGCACCAAACCUUGAAACUGUUGGAUCAUGGCCAGUUUAUAUCAAAUUGAAUAAUGACAAGACUUAUGGUUGUGACUUAAUUGUGAGUGCCACCGGUGUCGUGCCAAACACAGACCCUUUUCUUCAUGGCAAUGAUUUUGUACUGGCCAAUGAUGGCGGUCUUCAGGUUGAUGAGCAGAUGCGGACUUCAGAGUUGGACAUCUAUGCUGCUGGGGAUGUGUGCACUGCAUGCUGGAAACACAGUCCACUAUGGCAACAGAUGCGGUUGUGGACCCAAGCUCGUCAGAUGGGCUGGCACGCUGCUCGCUGUAUGGCUGCACAUGCCCUUUCAGAGUCCAUUGAGUUAGACUUCUGCUUUGAACUUUUCUCACAUAUAACAAAGUUCUUCAACUAUAAGGUGGUGCUCUUAGGAAAAUUUAAUGCCCAAGGUUUAGGGCCUAACCAUGAGCUGCUUGUACGCUGUACCAAAGGACAAGAAUAUGUCAAGGUGGUUUUAAGUGAGGGGAGGAUGGUGGGAGCCGUGCUGAUUGGAGAAACUGAUCUGGAGGAGACCUUUGAGAACCUUAUCCUGAACCAGAUGGACCUGACACCAUAUGGAGAGGAUCUGCUCAACCCAAACAUUGACAUUGAAGACUACUUUGACUGAAGACUGUGGGGCCCCGGGCUAUGAGACUGUAUUGCAAUGCUUAUGUAAGAUUUACAGGUCUGUAGAAAACAAAUACUUUAAAUGCCUUUCUGAGUAUCUCUGAAAGUUGCAGUUGUAAAGGUUUUUUUUUUAAUUACCGGUAAUUUAUUUACUGGAAGUAAUCAAUAUAAAUCUAUUCCAGCAAUACAUUCUUUACUCACAAUAAACAGAACACACUUGAGUCUAAUGCCAAACAUUAAAUUAAAAGUAAACCUAGCCUACACAUUAAAAGCAGAAGUAAGUUUCUUCUUUAUUUUUGGAGAAUAGGAUAUGUUCAGCAAUACUUGUGGUAAAAUAAAACACUUUUGUUACUAUGUAAGUGAUACAUGUUCAUAUUUUGGGUUAAACAGCACUGGCGGUUCACCCUGUGUCUCUGUGGAUGUUACAACAAUAGGAACUAUCACAUUCUCAUAAAGCUGUCCAUUGUGUAGAGGAUAUGGUGCUUGUGGGAUGUGUCUGUUUGCAAAAAGAACAGGAAAGGGUAGAAGCUGAGGUAGAUUUAUCUCUUCUCCUGGGAAUUGUCAGUCUGUGAAAGGGCACAGCCACCUAUUGCUUCAUAUUGGUUUGACAAAGAGCUGUAUGGGCCCAGACAAAAUGUUACUAAGGCAGUUUGGUGAACAGUGUAUUAGCAAGAACCGCCUUAUGUUGUAUUAAGUCAACAAGUACUCAAUUCGGAAGAACUGCAGUCUGGAUCAUUUUGAUCCCCUUCACUUCAGACUCCAAUCUUUCAUCCUUUCUCAUUAUUUUAAUGCAAUUGUUAUUUGUCCACCAGAUUACAGAACUUUGCCAUGUAUGUAUAGUUAGCUGUUAUAACAAGGACUUAACUCCUCACAACAGUAUCAUGGUGAAUAAUAUCCUUGUUCAUCCUCCUCUGACUUUGCUGUGGACCGGUUCUAGGGUACACACUGCCACAAUGUAAAGAAAUGAAAAAUGGUGGUAGGCUGUGAAUUGUUGCAUCAGGUAAGGUACAUUGUUUCUGACUGGUGGCCUAUGUGAUUGGCACAUAUGUUUUGGGUUAAAGGUCUCGGGAACUUGUCCACCCUUGCUAUGUUGCUUUGGCUGAUAAGGGUUGAUAACCUUUACAGUUUGAGUUAAUGCAAAUUGUCUCACAUCUGGGACACAAGGGCAUAAAUGUCUGGUACAUCUUGUAAUAAAACUGUAUAAAGGUGGCUCAGCACCUUGCCUUUGA